GAAGUUCAGCCCAGUAUUUGUACUGUCCGCGAGCGGCGUUCAGGCCUCGCUCCAGUCCCGCUCGUAGGAGCCGAGCCGGCAAUGGCAGGCCGCAAGGCGCUCAUCGUGCUGGCGCACCCCGAGAAAACCUCUUUCAACCACGCCAUGGCAGCAGCAGCCAGCAGCGCGCUGCGGGACAAGGGCUGGGAAGUCACCAUCUCUGACCUCUACGCCAUAGGGUUCAAUGCCGUGCUCUCACGGCGCGACAUCACCGGACCCCUCAAGAACCCCGAGUGCUUUGUCUACGAGAUGGAGACGGCGCAUGCAUGGAAGGAGGGACGCCUCAGCAGCGACAUCGUCGCCGAGCAGAAGAAGAUUGAAGCGGCUGACCUGAUCAUCUUCCAGUUCCCACUGCAGUGGUUUGGGAUGCCAGCCAUCCUCAAGGGCUGGUUUGACCGCGUUUUCACCGACGGCUUCGCCUACUCCAUGGCCACCAUGUAUGACCAGGGGCCCUUCCAGAAGAAGAAAGCCAUGCUGUCACUCACCACCGGCGGGAUGGGCUCCAUGUACAGCCCCAGCGGCAUCAACGGCGACAUGAACGUGCUGCUCUGGCCCAUGCAGCGGGGGACCCUGCACUUCUGCGGCUUCCAGGUGCUGGCGCCCCAGAUUUGCUACAGCGUGCGCUACGCGAGCCCUGAGGUGCGGGCACAGAUGCUGAGUACAUGGAAGAGCCGCCUGGCAGCCAUUGAGAAGGAGAAGCCCCUCAGCUUCGUCCCCAACAGCUGCUUCGAGAUGAGCCCGGCCGGCGGCUUCGUGCUGAAGCGCGAUGUGCUGGCAAAGCAGGAGGGGCAGCAGCACGGGCUGUCGGUGGGGCAGCACCUGGGGAAGGCCGUGCCCCUCGACGGGCAGCUCCGGGCCCAGGAGUAGCAGCCAGGCCCUGCGCCCACACUGAGGCCAAGGCCUGGCCUCACAGCACCUCACGCAAGGGCAGUCCCCAUUGCCUCAUGCUCUUCUGUUUUUCCACUUUCCCUUUCCUGACAUUUUUCUGCACAUUUUUUCUCAAAAUUGAGGCCUUUAAGGCACAAGGGCAGGGCCUGUGGUUGGGGCCUGUGUGAAUGCAACAAUAAAUCGAGGUCUAGAA